UAACAACGAACCUCCCCCCUCCAGCUACCACGUAUUGACCUACCUACCUACCCACUAAGGUCCCUACCUGUUGCUCUCUAGUUAACAAAACUUCAUCUUUAUCUUGCCUUGCAAAUACGCUUCCCACUUUCCACUCCCUAUCACACAAAAUAAAGUCUUCUGCACGUUCUACGAAACCAUAUUUCGCAAUGUCGCAAUCAAUUCAAGACAAGAGACGCCAGCUGAUCGACAACAUCGAUGCAUAUGUCGAUUCCCUUCAUGGAAAGGCACUGUCCGGUUUUGUCGAGGAGACUGGCAUGGCUAAUCUCAACGUCAAGUAUCAUGGCAUUGACGUCGACAGCGGAACGCCUAAUGAUGGAGGUCCAAAGUUUCUAGAUCUGAACUCAGUUAAGGAAAUGAAGGAGUUGGCCGCCAAACAAGGAAAUCUAGAGCAAAUCUCCUCUCAGUCAAGCCGACAUCCCUACAAUUUGGACGCUGCGGAGAAACUGGGAGUUGUUUAUGACGGUUGGCACGAGUCAAUUCAACCUGUACCCGGGGAGAAGCAGAGGGAGCCUCCGCUAUGGAAAAAAUUGACUGGUGAUCAUUAUCAGUAUAAAACAGACGAGCUCGUGUGGCGAAGCAUAUUUACCCUACGUGUUCGCGACCAUUCUCGGCCAGAUACCGUGUGCUUCCUCGCAAACAAGGACCUAUUCAAGGAUAACCAACUCUUUGUCAGCGAGCUCACAUGCAUCUUGGGGAAGGCCAAGUACGGAUUGGCACAUCACGAAGACGGCAAACAUCUCAUAGUCCCUGUUACCGUCGUGUCAGCUGCGGGCAGACUGGCCAGAAUUGUUCAAGGCUAUGUUGACCCCAACACGUUCGAAAUUAUGGUGCGGGUGUCGGAAAUCGUCGACAUCGACAGAACAGACGAGGAAAAUAAGGAGGCAAUCCUGAAGGUCGGUUGUUGGUUGUUUGGCACUCCAUCUGAGGAGACUACUUCCUAGUUAGACUGCGAUUCUCCUGAGGCCGAGUAUGAGACAUAGCCCAUACAAGCGCGAAUAUGUUAGCUAGAUUGCAAGAUACACCGGGUUAGCUGCCUGAAGAAAUUGACACCUCAUUGUUGGCAUAAGUAUUACAAAAUACGUUCCUAGGUACCUGGUACAUAAACAAUUAGGGGUAGGGUGCGGAUCUUAACCCUGUC